AUGGACACAUCGAUGAUCCCGAUCUACCUCAUCAUCUGUCUGCCCGUCCUUGUCCUGCUCAGCUACCUCAACAAUGCGCGGCGCGAGAAGGCGGAGAAGCUCAAGAAGGGGAUCGGGCGAGGGGUGGCCGGGUUUCAGACCGGAGUGCGCCGGGUGGCGAUCCCACCAGAGAUCAUGGAGAGAAUCAGACGAGGCGAGGAAGUGAGCGGGGAGGAAAUCACCAGGGCCCAAGAACGAAUGGCCGCAACCAACACCACCAACAGCACCAACGAAUCGAGAGCGGAAGAUACGACAGCUACUACCAGGAAGAACGUCGACGAACAGUGGCUGCCGAGCUCAUCACAGUCUCCAAGUGGCGGGAAGAAACUUAAGCAGAGGAAGAAAUAG